AUGGCGCCUCUUGGGAAAGCGACAUCGGCGCUGAUGGUGAGGGAAAGAGACUGGCAUUUCCUUUCCAUGGUCGCCCUGGGAGCUUCGGAUCGAAACAGUGCUCUCCGGGGCUUCUGCGAUGCUCCUGUAAUGCAGGACCUGAGGUUUGGAACCAAGGCAGACUGGGAGCUGGCAAACAAAAUAUGCUGUCACAACAAGAAAUAUGCGGAGCCUUCAGGCUACUUUAACAACGCAAACAUCAACUUGUUCGGGCAGUUCCAGCCCGAGGAGAAAUAUCACACCUUCUAUGACUCUGUGUGCGGCGUUCCCCUGUUCCGGGCUCCCAUCGGAAGGAGCAUGCAGGAGUGGUACAGUGAGAGCCUGGCACAUGGUUGGCCUUCGUUCAGAGAUGCUGAAGUGGUGCGGGAGAACGUUGUUGUCGAGCAAGAUGGUGAAGUGCGAUCGGUCUGCGGAACCCAUCUAGGCCACAAUCUCCCAGACAACAAGGGGUCGAGAUAUUGUAUCGAUCUCGUUUGCAUUGCCGGAAAGCCAGCACUCGGACCGAUACAAGAACCACAUUUCUCGAUGCGAGGCAAAGCGCAAGAGCUUGUAGAGACCCGAGUGAAGGCAGAUGUGUCGCUGUUGCCUUCAGGGAACUACUUUUUCAUGGGCAACAUCGUUGUCCUGCUCAUUGCUGUGAUUGCGAUCAUUCUGGGAUUGUUGAUCAUCAAUAGAACCAGGAGAAGGUCAAGGAUGUGA